AUGGUAUCUGCGCAGCAGAUGCAGGUGCAGGCUCAGAGCCAGUAUAGCUGGACGCUGAGUGCGGCGACGCCAAAACCCUCCACCCUCAGCGUCCCCGUCGACGGCGGCAGCAGCAGCAGCAGCAGCAGCGGCAGCAGCGGCAGCGGGACGGUCACCUUCACCACGACAUACACGCGCCAGCUCACCAACGCCUUGCUGCAGGUAUCGGGGCUCUUGGAAUUCCAGAACCGCGGCGCCGCCGCAGUCACGGUCAGCAACGGCCAGGUCAGCGUGUGCAACGGCCUGCUGCCUGGCAUGGAGGCCGCCGCCGCGAGCUUUGGGGUUGUCUCCUCAUCACCAUCCUCGUCAGGGGGCGCCGGAUCUGCAUACAACCCCAGCUUCACCCUCGGCGGCGCCGUCCCCGGCUGCAGCGGGCCGUCGUUCGUGCUGCCCCUGCUGGGCGGGACUCUCCUGGUGCCCGCCAGCAACCGCGCCCUCAUGCCGUUCGCCGGCACCGCCGUCGUCGCCGGAGCAGGCGGCGGCGGGGACAGCAUCAGCGCGAUCAGCGCCGCGGGGUCGGGGCCGCUGGCAGUGGCAUAUGUAGAAGCGGUCUUGAGCAACGGGCAGCGCGUCACGUCGGUGCCUCAGAUCAUCAGUUACAUAGUGACGGCAGGCGACGGUGGCGGCGGAGUCCAGGGCCAGGGCGCGACAGCCACCGCGUUCGAUGAGUUUGUCGUGUCGCCCGCGGUAGCGCAAGGGGCCGCCUCGUCCGCGCCGCAGCCGAUCAAGCCCUCCAGCGUGGCGGGGCCGAGCAUCCCCGACGCCACCAAUGGGCUGAAACUCACUCAAACGACGGUGGUCACCUACACGGCCACAUUUGACUACAAGUCGUCAGGCCAGCCGGCCUGCGGCGUCCCUCUGACGGCCAGCAACCGCCAGCGGCUGGCCGUUGAUAACCCUGGGUCUGGCCAGAUCCCUCAGCCCAUCACAACCACCGUCACCAUCACAUUCACCGGCUGCCCUGGCGCCGCCGGCGCGGCUACAACCGCCCCCGCCGGCAGCGCCACGGCGCGGCUCGGGCGCGUGGCGGUGGCCGCUGGCGAUGACGUCACUUGGACGCUCGAAAAGUGGUCAAACGCGACGGCGCUGGUGUUGAAGCCGGGGCAGUACAAAACUGUGGCGUACCGCGUGACCGCCACGCGGUCGGCCCCCAAAUCGGCAUACACCGUCAGCGGCAGCCUGCUCGUCUUCCAGCCGCCGGGCGCCGCGGGGCCCGUGCAGUCUGCGACGGUUACCCUCAGCGGCGGCGCCAGCAGCCCCGCGGCCUGCGCGGCGCCGGCCGCGGACGGCUCCUCUGAGUGCCGCUUCGGGCCGAUCCCGUACGCCGGCGCGCCCGGCGGGGCGGCGCCCGGCAGCGCGGCGGCGGACGUCGUGCUCGCCGACGGCCGGCGGCUGGCGGCGCCGCCGCAGGCGCUGGACUUUGCUGCGGCAUCGCAGGGCGCGGCGGGGCCGGGCUUGGGCGCGGACCUGACUGACUCAUUUGACCCUGUUGGGCUGGCUGCUGCAACGGCUUCCGGGGUCAGACUGGAUUGGGACAAGGCGGCCGCCCCUCCGCCUGCCGGCGAGGGCCCGCUCGCUCUGACAGACGGCCGCGUUUUCGAAUACGCUGUUCGAAUCGGCGUCGCCCGCAAGUGCGGCCGGUGGCAGCUCGACAGCGCGGCGCGGCUAGCCCCCAGGGGCGCGCAGCCGCCGGUGAUCGCCCAGUCGCCGCUGGUGGUGCAGGUCGCGGGCUGCCCGCUGCCUCUGGAGGCUGCCAUGGGGCUGUUCACCACAUGGGUGGUGCCGCCGCCGCCGCGGCUGCUGCUGCUGCUGCUGCUGCUGCUGCCGACAACGCCGCUGCUGCCGGCGCCGCGGCUGCAAGCCUCGCUGCUGCUGCUGCUGCUGCUGCUGCUGCUGCUGCUGCUGCUGCUGCUGCUGCUGCUGCCGCCGCUGCCGCUGCCGCUGCUGCUGCUGCUGCUGCUGCUGAUCAACGUUCCCCUGCCGCUCGGCGGCGUGUUCGCGACGUCGGGCGGCGCGGCGGGCAGCCGCGUAGCGGCCGGCUGCCCCGGUGACGCUACGUCGCUCGCGCCGCGCUCCGUGACGGCCUGCCCAUUCAACGUCAGUUGGACGAGUGACAAGGACGGCGUGCUGGGCGGGGUGGCGCUUUUCCCAGAGGGCGACGUGCAGGCGGUCGCCCGAGACUGGCCAUUCACAUUCCAGACCGCCCGCAUGUUUGGCGGCGGCGCCACGGCGCGCGUCUCAAACGCUGCGGCGCUGUUGGGGCCCGACGGACGGGCGGUUGCGGACGGGCGGUUUGGUUUCCGUGUUUUUGGCGACGUUCACAGUGCGGCCGCGCCUAAGAUCCUGGGUGAGGGGCGGCGCCUUUACAUACAAGCCCAGCUGGGCCCGCUCGGCACUGGCGGGUGUGGUAGCUACAAGCUGGUGGUCACCUCCAUUGUCAAGCCCCAGCCAGAGGGUGUGUCGCAAGCAGAGGUGCGGGCCGUCGGCGCCAUCAACAUCGACGUGUACGGCUGCUGA